AUGGCAUCCUCCGGCCCUCUCUAUUUGGGGUUUGAUUUGUCCACCCAGCAGUUAAAGGGGUUGGUUGUCGACUCCAGCCUGAAAAAGGUGCACGAUGCCAAGUUUGACUUCGAUGCCGACGCUCGAGGAUUUAAGAUAAACAAAGGGGUCAUGGUCAAUGAAGCUGAACGUGAAGUCUUCGCACCUGUGGCCAUGUGGCUACAGGCCAUCGACGUUCUCCUUACCAGAUUGAGAGACGACGGUCUCGACUUCAAACGAGUAAAGGCCAUCAGUGGCUCGGGGAUGCAGCAUGGAAGUGUCUUCUGGAACGCUGAUGCCGAGCAUUUAUUGGCGCAACUCAACCCUAAUAAGACAUUAGAAUCUCAACUCGACGCUGCAUUUGCCCACCCCUACAGUCCCAACUGGCAGGAUGCAAGCACUCAGAAGGAAUGCGACGAGUUCGACUCGAUACUCAGCAACGAACACCAGCUGGCGUAUGUCACGGGAAGUAAAGCACACCACCGCUUUACAGGUCCGCAAAUAUUGCGGUUUCAGCGCAAAUACCCGGACAAGUACAUUAAGACCAAGAGAAUAACCCUCGUCUCAUCUUGGAUUGCGACCGUCUUUUUGGGCAAGUUUGCGCCGUUUGAUAUCUCAGACGUGUGUGGUAUGAACCUUUGGGACAUCAAAGCCGGAACGUGGCACGAGAAGCUCCUCGAGCUAGCCGCAGGUCCAUCAGGCGUGGAAGCUUUGAAACAGAAGCUCGGCGAUGUACCUGAAGACGGGGGUGCCCAUCUAGGAACAAUCUCAGACUACUUCGUGCGGCGCCAUGGAUUCAGCGACGACUGCACGAUCAUCACUUCCACAGGCGACAACCCGUCCACCAUUCUUGCCCUGCCACUCCGUCACAACGACGCCAUGGUCUCCCUGGGAACUUCUACAACAUUCUUAAUGUCGACGUCUGAAUACAAACCGGAUCCAUCGACGCAUUUCUUCAAUUCCCCCACCACACCCGGCCUGUACAUGUUCAUGCUGUGCUACAAGAACGGCGGUCUGGCGCGAGAGAGGGUGCGGGACGCGAUCAACUCCAAGUCCGAUGUAAUGGACAGAACCUCGUGGGCCGAGUUCGACAAACAUUUGCUCUCCACGUCGCCGCUUGCACAGGACGACCCCUCUAAACCGAUGCAGCUGGGUCUGUAUUUCCCUCGCCCCGAGAUCAUUCCCGACCUCCCUACAGGGGAGUGGCAUUUCGCCUAUGAUCCGAAAUCUGACACCCUCACGCGGGCAUCCUCGGUGCCCCAGAGCCCUGAGCAGGACGCGCGAGUCAUCGUGGAGUCGCAAUUUCUGUCGCUUCGCCUACGCUCGCAGCACCUCGUUUCUUCGCCUGCCAAGGGUCUCCCGCCGCAGCCGCGCAGAGUCUACCUCGUCGGCGGCGGUAGCCGGAACAAGGCAAUCGCCACGGUGGCCGGGCAAGUCCUCGGUGGGUCCGAGGGAGUCUUCAAGCUUGACGUGGGUGAAAAUGCCUGUGCUCUCGGUGCUGCGUACAAGGCUGUGUGGGCAAUGGAACGUGAAGCCGGCGAGACAUUUGAGGAGUUGAUUGGCAAGCGGUGGCGCGAGGAUGAGUUUGUCGAGAGGAUCGCCGACGGCUACAACAAGGAGGUUUGGGACAAGUAUGGCCAGGCAAUAAGAGGGUUUGAGCAAAUGGAGCUGACGCUCCUCGGGGAAGAAGAGGCCAAGAGAAAGGGGCAAUAA